UGUGUAUGUUUAUAUUUGUAGUUGAUGGCCUUGAUGCACAUUGAUGAACCUCAUACUUUGGUGGGCGUUGGCAAGAAAAGGUGUUCCACUGAAAUAUAUAGAUAUCAUCAAGGAUAUGUAUGAGGGGGCAACUAAGAGUGUGCGGACUACGGUGGGGAGGACAGAAGAGUUUCCUAUUACGAUCGGAGUGCAUCAAGGUUCUGCACUUAGUCCCUUUCUCUUUGCUCUAGUCAUGGACGAAAUAACGAGGUCAGUUCAAGAUGAUAUACCAUGGUGUAUGAUGUUUGCGGAUGAUAUUGUGUUGAUUGAUGAGACAAAGGAAGGUGUUGAGAGUAAGUUGGAAUUGUGGAGGCAUACAUUAGAAGCCCGUGGUUUUAGAUUGAGCAGAAGUAAGACGGAGUAUAUGGAGUGCAAGUUCAGUGGGGUUACAAGCAGCGAGGCGGGGGCGGUCACUUUGGAUAGCAAAGUGGUUCAAGGAUCGAACGUCUUCCGUUACCUAGGAUCCAUUCUCCAAAAGGAUGGAGAACUGGAUGGAGACGUGGCGCAUAGAAUUAACGCGGGUUGGUUAAAGUGGAAAAGUGCCACCGGAUUCCUUUGUGAUUCCGGCAUUCCCCAAAGAUUGAAGGGAAAGUUCUACCGCACUGCAAUUAGGCCUGCUUUGUUAUAUGGCACCGAAUGUUGGGCGGUGAAACAAUGCCACGUUCAUAAGAUGAACGUGGCGGAGAUGCGUAUGUUGCGGUGGAUGUGUGGCCACACAAGGAAGGACCGAUUAAGAAAUGAAGUGAUCCGGGAAAAAGUUGGAGUUGCAUCCAUUGAAGAAAAGAUGAGGGAGAAUCGGUUAAGAUGGUUUGGUCAUGUGAAAAGGAGAUCAGGAGAUGCACCGGUGAGAAGAAUUGAAGAGUGGAGGAGUAAUCAAAUUGUAAAGGGUAGGGGAAGACCUAAGAUGACUUGGCUGAGGGUAAUUGAAAGUGUAUGAGGUUACUUGGGAUUGAGGAGAGCAUGACGUUGGAUAGAAGUGGGUGGAGGGGUAGUAUCUAGUGGAGGAAGGGGUCUGAUUACUGCAUUUAUUUGUUUUCUCAAUUGUGUUGGUAUUAAAACCUUUUGCUAAAAACCUUUUCUAAACACUUUUUGGUGUAAACCUUGUUUUAAAAAAAAAAAACUUUUAUCACUCUUGACGAUGCCAUCUCCUCUGGUCACGAUUCCAGUUGACGAUUCAUGUUAGCCGACCCGACCCCAAUCACCUUGGGAAUAAGGCUUAGUUGUUGUUGUUGUUGUAUACACAUCUCUACAUCCCCUAUCUACCUAAUAUGAUCCUUCCUAUAUGUUUGCUCUACACAUGUAAUAACAUCAGUCUGACAACCAUUCUAUAAAGCUUUCCCUCUAACCUUAGAGGUAAGCUACUAUGGCACAAUAUCCCGCUCAUCUGUUGUAUUAUGUGAGCUAAUAUUGCCAUUGGUAUGUAAAAUUAAACCAUUUUACCUAAAGUACUCUCGUUUGACUAAUCAAUUUAACGAGUGUUAGUAACUCACCUACACGACAUCUAUAAGAGUGUUUGCAAUUUCUUCUCUAUUGUGUGCUUUACAAAACAAUGAUUCAAAACCCUUCUUCACGUAGAGGUUUAAGAUUCACCCAAACUAAAGUAAGAAAUUAUUCUAGCCUCAUAUAUUCAACGAUGAACUAGAAACUAAUAAUAUACAUCUAUACCUAAACCAACAUAAAUGAAAUAAAAAAUACUCCCUCCAUCUCACAAUCUGGACACUUUUCUUUUAUGUUUGUCCCAAAUUAGUGUGAACACUUCCAUUUUUGGCAUGGACUCACUAUUACUAUAUUAUUUCUUUUACACUCCUUUGGCCCACACGUUUGUUUUAUCAAUAAAAAGUUACCCAACUUUCUCUCUCAUUCAAAAAAAUUAUCCCACAAACUCUUAUCACAUCUACUAUUUCAAUAAAAUAACAUUUGAUAAUCACACUACAACUUAUCACCUUAAAGUCUCGUAACACGUGCUCAAAUCUUUUGGGGACGGAGGGAGUAAAAGAUUAGUAUCUUGGGCUAGGAUACUUCAAUGAUCAUCGUAAGGAAUCAAUAAACAGCAUAAACUACGUUUGUGGCCCAUUUUUACCUCGUUUAAGCGUGCGAAAAUUUCUCUAAAUGUCCACACCUUCGAAAGAGUUUGUGCUGCUCUUUGCUAGUUAUUGUGCAAAAUAUGAUCUUUUCUUGCCUUACCUUUGUUAUUUCUCCAUGACCAAACUCAUAAAAGAGGGCCCACCUCGUAUUACUCAAUUACCUUCGCUUAUGCUUAAACAAUUAAAAUUCUCGACUCACUCUAUGAACAACCAAGAUUUUUGCAUUGUUGUCUGUGUGAUAAUGUCUCCCCUCAAGCUAAGACCUCUUAGUACUUAUGUGUGCUUCUGAACAAAGAUGCUUCUUGCGUGUGGUGUUGCUUUUUGGAUCUUUUCGCUGCUAUAGAAUCAUAAUAGCUCCCCAUGGUAGCUUAGCAUCAAAGUUGUCAUUGACAUAUUUCUCUUAGAAGAUACGAGCAUGGUCAUGCGGAGCCCUUCUCCAUUUCUGUAUGUGGUAGAUUCACAAUUUCUUGUCCACAUUUCCCAAAAAACACAAGUUAUUAUUCUUUCAAGUAAACCUAAGAUGAGUAUCUCAAAUCUAACACCCAUGAUCUAAUUGGUUUUACUUCAAUAAUUCUCACUCAUCCUUAAAGGGUUUUGAGUGCACUUCUCAUCGUGAAAGCAACUCUAUCUUAACUUUUUCUAUGUUUAUAUCUUUCAUCACCUCUUUCUUUUAGCGCAUUAACUUUUGUCCAUCCUUCUUAAGAUCGACCCUAGGCUCUAAUACCACUUGUAAAGGUAGGCAUGGACAACAAUAAUGAGAUAUGAACAAAUCUAAUGCGCUAAAAUAAAGAGGCGAUGUAUAAACAUAGAAAUUUACUCAAUCUGAAUAAAACAAUAUUAUUGUGGUGUUCUUUUUCUCGUAAAGCACUACCAUCCUUAUGAGGAACAUUGGCAAGUCUUUUGUGAAUGUUUGUUAAUCUUUCACCCAUUCUUAUGUCCUAUAAUAAAAUAAUAACUUCAAGCCCUAUUUAUUUGAAGUUUGGAAUCCUACCAUUACUCUAACAUGGGGUAGUUUUACCCCUAAAUAAUAUUUUUAGGAUAGCCUAAAAUCCUAAUGAUAAUAUUCCUAAACUAGUAAAACAUUUAAUUUGGAAUAAAAUGCUAAAAUCUAGAAGGAUUUAGGAUAUUGACAAUUGUCGCAAUCAAGUGUUAAACAUAAAAUGCAAAUCCUUGUUAUGGGGACUAAGCUCACAUUUGCAAGGACGUGUGAAGGUGUGCACAGACAUGCGGGCCUAUAGAGAAGUUCUUGCUCUUUCUCAUCGGUCACGAUAUUUCCUAUCUUCCAGUUUCCUUCUCGCCUUAACUUCGCUAUUUCACAAUGAUCAAACUCACCUCGAGUUUUUGGGGUCGUCUCGUGUUGAACUAUUAGGCUUACACGCUUACUAUGACAUUUUGUAGAUUAAUAUGUCUUAACUCCUAAAACGUGCAUUAACCUAAAGUGAGAUGCUAUAACAUUAUCCAUUUAACUAUUGCUAUACAAUCUUAUAUGCACGCGAUACGUGCGAAAGCAAAUUAAAUUUGCCUUGGAAUUUGAAAGGCCGUGUAAUUUGGCCUUGUUUUUUAUUUUGAAAAAAUUGUUAAAGUUGAGUUUGAUUGUUUUAUAUUUGAGGGUGUAUUUAUAAUUUAGGCUAGACACCAAAUCUUCCCCUCUUUGGUGUAUCUCGUCUUCAGAUUAUGGGUGAUAGAGUCCCUAACUAAUCCUUAAUUUAAUUCUAGAAAAGAAUUGACCACGAGUUUGAAAACAAAGGUACAAGGAUAACUCACUAAACCUCUUUCUGUCCCUAGAAAUGAAAGUAAGUGUUUUGUUGAAAAGUCAAUUUAUCAAACCCUCUUCCCUCUACCUUUUGUAAUCUCACAUAAUGGUUUGGAACAGUCUCUUAAGUAUGAAUUCCCCUUUCAAAAGAUUCUCCUUUUGCUCAUUCAUCACAAUAUAUUACUAUUUGGAGUAGUUUUAGCAUAAGUGACCUUGAAAUUUAUGGAAGUGUCUAAGAGUGGAAAAGAGCCUUGGUGAUAUCCCAUUUACAAUAUCUUGCUGUUGGGAAAUACUCGACGAAUCCUUUACAUAUGUUUUGAACAUGUCCUAGAUCUUGAGGAACUAAUGUUAAGCGAGAUAAUGUCAAAUGGUUCUUUUGAAGUUAUUGAUCAUCUCUCAUAGCCUUGGUGGUAGAUGUAUGAUUUAAGAAGCAGGAUAAUGUUGUGUCAUAUUAGGUAAUUUGAUAAUUGAUAGUACAUGGAGGGAUAUCGUGAAAAGUGUAAGUGAGAUAAUAGGCAUGAUGGACCAUCGCUAGUUUCGAUUGCUCAAUACCUUUUUUUCAUCUUUCGAACAUGAUGGGAUUGUUCAAACCAUUUGGUACACAGAAGGUAAUGCUUCACUAGUCGUUGGCGUCAUUCUUGGCUACUAGUAGUUUAUGUUUGGAUGAUGUCCUGUCUUUUCAUAGGCUUACUGUGUUGUUUCAUAUUACUAUAUUGUUGCAUCUACUCGUCUUUGUUGGAUGUGAGCUUAGCCAUCAUCGUUGGCGUGGUGCUUUGUGGAUUUUGCUUGUAAAGAGGGUGAUGGUGGUGAAGUCGGGUUGGCUGUGGUGGCUAGAGUGGGGAAGAAUAGUUUCGUCUUGACGCACUAGUAGUGUCAGUUGAGUUUAGGGCUAUGUAAAUUCAGGUCCCCAACUAGCCCAAACUGGACCAUUCAUUGUGGACCAAAUCUUGUCCUUCCUGUGUGUCUUCAUUUUUUUGAACUUCGGCUUUUUGUUUGGUUUAAUCUUAGAUUUCUCUUUCAAACUAGUUUGGGGAACUUUUCUUCAAUUUAAUUUUAUUAAUGAAGUUAAAAGUUCUUGUUGCUAAUUACAGUAUGAUUUUUGCUGAUUAAAAUUGUUUGUUGCGAAAUACUUGUUUUAAGCUCAGGAAAACAGGGUAUUGUGGUGAAUGAGGAGAAACUUAGGAUUCUCAGGUUUGCAUACGAUUGCAAGGAAGAAAU